UGCACCAUACGUGCUAUGCUCAUAGCGUUCGGAAUCUCAGUGGAAGCUCAUCUCCACCAGUACCCUCAGCGCGGUGAUGGUUUCUCCACCCCGCCGCACCAGCUCAACCAGCACCCACCCCAGCACGGUGGUGGGUUCUCAAACCCGCCGCAUCAACUCAUGCAGUAUCCGCUUCAAGAUGGUGGUGUUGUCCCCAACGCGCCGCUACUCACCACUCAACCACCAGCCCCAGUUACCAACGUGACGUUAAACGCCUCUCCACCAGCAGCGCAGCAGCCCGUCAUCGUCAACAACAUCGUCGGUGGUGGCAUGAUGGCGUGCUCCAAGUGCGGCUCCAACUUCGUCUCGGUCAAGAUGGAGUCCUCCUGCAAGACCCACUGCUGCUGCCUCAUUUGUUGCUUCACGCUCCCGUUUUGCUUCUUCCUGCCCUACUGCUGCGAUUGGUGCAAGAAGCCCGUGCAGAGAUGCAGCCGCUGCAAGGCCAAGCUUGGCUAAUGCAACCGCAGCUGCUGCACCCGAAGUGAGGAGCGUCGGAUAGUUAAGGAAAUUCGCAUGCGAG